CCCAAUCGCUCCAACAUCGUUUCAGUAUACAGCCGGUGCUUGUGAAGUUUAGAGGAUGCCUCUAGUGUGGUUCAGCUUCUGACGCGCGCGGCAACUUUUCGCGGGACACCUCAUUGAAUCAGAUCAAUUGUUUUUUUGCCACCACCUCGACCGAAAGCCUUGGGCUUUAACGGCCUUCAAGCCGAAAUGGAUUGAGUUAAUGCAAUCAUGCAUAGUCUGAUACCGAUCUUGAAAGCAGCGUCACUUUUGGUGAAUGUGUUGUUAACAUUCUUUCUAGUUGGUGUUGUUGGAUUCGAACCGGACUUCUUAUAUCCCCUAGAAAAUGUGACAAUAGCCCAAGGGCGGGACGCUACUUUCACCUGUGUGGUAAACAAUCUAGGGGGACACACGGUGAGUGGGGACUCCGGAAUGGCAAGGGUAGCCUGGAUAAAAGCAGACACAAAAGCCAUACUAGCUAUCCACGAGCACGUUAUUACCAACAAUGCUCGAUUAUCUGUUACUCACAACGAUUUCAACACUUGGACACUGAACAUACGAGGCGUUAAAAGGGAGGACCGAGGUCAAUAUAUGUGCCAAGUUAACACAGAUCCCAUGAAAAUGCAGACCGCUUUUCUCGAAGUGGUAAUUCCCCCUGACAUAAUUUAUGAGGAGACUUCUGGCGAUUUGAUGGUGCCGGAAGGUGGAUCUGCUAAGCUGGUGUGCAAGGCCCGCGGCUAUCCCAAACCACGAAUUGUCUGGAGGAGAGAAGACGGGGGGGCCAUUGUAACCCGCGGGACCCCCAAUGGAAAAGUCGAAAAAAUGGUGGCUGUCGAAGGGGAAAUGCUCACCUUGUCUAAGGUGACUAGAUCGGAGAUGGGCGCCUAUCUAUGCAUAGCUGCCAAUGGUGUACCGCCAACUGUCAGUAAGAGGAUGAUGCUGCAUGUACAUUUUCACCCCCUGAUCCAGGUCCCCAACCAGUUGGUGGGCGCCCCCAUCAACACGGACGUCACCCUCCAGUGUCAAGUUGAGGCCUCACCAAAAGCCAUCAACUAUUGGACAAGAGACACAGGUGAAAUGAUAAUAACCAACGACAAGUAUCACAUGACCGAAAAUUCCAAUGCCUACUACAGCGUUCAGAUGAAACUGGUUAUCCGUAGAUUUCACAAGUCUGACUUGGGAGGAUACAAAUGUAUCUCGAAGAAUUCUAUUGGAGAUGCAGAAGGCAAUAUUCGACUUUAUGAAAUGGAGCUGCAAGAAAAAAUCGACUUCAGCGAUGAUAGCCCAGAGGAUGAGCUUGAUGAGAACAGCGAAAAUCGUUCUUAUAAUGGUUUUCAAGGACCAUUGACAGAAACUGAGGAGAACAGCUUAGAUCCCAGCAUGAAUUCCCGAUGUCCAACAAUGAAGCCUGGAUACUUGCUAUUGUUAGUGUUCUUUGUGAAAAUAUGACUCUUAAUAGUGUACAAAAGUGUGUGAACGCAGUGACAUGUGAAAUGUGCCAAAUUCUCCUAAUCAUGCUUUGCUCUCAAAACGCUCAGUGUCGCCACAAGAAGGUAUUUAGGUUCAUCAAUAGUAUUACCAAUGUUUGGGGUUGCUAGGAACCAUCUGUUUCCACUUAUUUUAACGAAUCCUUCUAUUAUUGUUUCUGUCAAUUCAUCACAGAAAGGAAAGAUGAUAUGUAUAUGAACUUGGGAAUGAUGAAAUUGAUAAAUUUUAAAACGAACAAUUGUAAAUGCUUCUGUACAGUUAAGAGAUAUAAUAAAUCUAAGAAUAUGAGAUGUAAUUAGCAAAAUUUUAAUGGUUGUUACCAGCAAUCGAACGAUACUAGAGCUGUUAUAUCAUUUUUUUGAGUUAAUAAUAUCGAAAACAAUCAACUUCUGAUCAAGGGCGUAGAAAUUGGGGGUACUGGGGGUAAUUACCCCCCAAGAUUUUCAAAAUAUAAAAUUUUAGAAAAGUCGCAAAGACGAAGAACGAAAUUUUUUUCUUAAAAUGAACCAAUAUUCUUUUUACUUUUCUUUCAAAUCGACACGCCAGCAAAAAAACGGACCUUUUUACGGUUUAUGAGUUUAGUAUCGCUUCCAAGAUGAGUACAUUUUUUGUACUACGAGCUCGUCUUUGUUCGAGGUUUAUUAUUUUUCUUCAUCUAUCCGCUUUCUCGGCAUCGCCCCUUAUUUUCCAUCUGUGUUUUUUGCAUUCGUCAUCGGUGUACACUUACCGUUGUUUUCGCAUUUUUGUAUCAUUCUCGUCACAAAAUUUCGAUACUGUAGUUUUCAAAGAACUGAACUAAGUAAUUCGCAUCGAAAAAUUGUCUAGGCUGUGUUGUACAAUUUAUUGUGUUUCAAAUU